CUGCGCAAUAACAAAUCCAAUUCUAGAAAACCACCAGCCUAAUCACCCCCAAGCCCACCCACCGGUGCUCAGAAACACCCUCUACCUAAUAUUGUUAUGGCCCCUUCAAUCACAGACAACAACCUUUCCAUCCCGGAUGCCGGCUCUGCGUCGGAGGUCACAGUCGCAUCUGUCGCAGAAGCUCAAACCAUCUCCGCAGACGAAGUAGCUCUCUAUGAUCGCCAGAUCCGACUAUGGGGAAUGGAAGCUCAGGCUAGAAUGCGCAAUGCCCACAUCUUAGUAAUAACCAUAAAAGCCCUCUCCAAUGAAGUUUCGAAAAACCUGGUUCUUGCUGGAAUUGGCUCUUUAACGGUCCUAGACCCCGGAAUUGUUACCGGGGAGGAUCUGGGCUCGCAGUUCUUCAUAAGUGAGGAGAGUGUUGGCUUGAAUAGAGCGGAAGCGGCAGCACCGGCGUUGCAGCGAUUGAAUCCGCGUGUAGCGGUUAACAUAGAUACUUCGGACCCUAGGGGUAAAGAUGCUGAAUUCUAUGGCAAGUUUGACAUUGUUAUUGCGACGGAAUUGGACCUUGACUGUUUGAUACACGUGAAUGAUAUUACCCGUGAGUGUAAUCGUCCUUUCUACGCCGCGGCAUCAUACGGGAUGUACGGGUAUAUCUUUGCAGAUCUGAUAAGGCACGACUUCAUCAUCGAGCGCGAAAAAUCCAACAUGAGAACCGAACUCAAACAAGAAACCAAAACCCGCUCUGUAAUAGCCGUCAGCGAGAAGAAGGAAUCUGGGAAAACAGUCGAAUUCGUCACAAAACAAGAACUCUACUCCCCCCUCCGCUCCGUCAUCUCAAGCAAGGUAGACUCAACCUGGCGUCCCCGCCGCCGCCGCAUGGUCCCGAAUGUCCUCCCGGGUGUGAAAGCUCUCUGGAAAUUCCAGCAAGCUCACAAUCGCUUGCCAGAAGCCAAACGCGAGGACUUUACCGAGAUGACAAGAUUGAUCAUGGAGGCUAACCGUGAUAUGGGCUUACCGAACGAUAUCGUCAAGUCGUGUUUUAUCGCGCCAUUUGUGGAAAACGCUACGUCGGAGGUGGCCCCCGUUGCGGCGGUUCUGGGCGGGAUCCUGGCGCAGGAUGUCAUUAAUGUUCUCGGGAAGAGGGAGCAGCCGUUGCAGAAUUUUUUGGUGUUUGAUGGUGAUACGACUGCUACGCCGAUUUUGGCAUUACAUCCUGAGGGAGAAGAGGAUGGCGCUGCUUAA